AUGGCCUACAAUGCGGAAGAGGCCGAGUUCGUGGCGAUUGAAAAGGCAGCGGCAUCCUUCCCUCGCCAGCUUCCCGACCGGGACUUCACCUAUGGCACCGCGGGCUUCCGUAUGCGCGCCGACCUCCUCCCCUCCAUCAUGUUCACCGUCGGCCUCCUCGCCUCCCUCCGCUCCAAGAAGUGCAAUGGUAACACUAUCGGCGUGAUGAUCACCGCUUCCCACAACCCGGCGGAGGACAACGGAGUGAAGUUGGUCGAUCCGAUGGGCGACAUGCUGAAUGUCGACUGGGAGUGGUAUGCCGCGGGUUUGGCCAACGCGAGGGAUCCAGAGAAGCUCAGGAAUGGCUAUAUGCACUGCAUCAACAAGCUCAAGGUGGAUCGUAGCGCACCGUCAAAGGUCAUCUUCGCGAGAGACACACGGCCGUCGGGUGCUACGCUCGUCAAGGCGCUUACUGCGGCACUGGAUGCGGUCAAGACACCAUACAUCGACUAUGGCUACGCUACCACCCCACAGCUACACUACCUCGUCCGUGCCACCAACACCGUCAACUCACAAUACCCAUACGGCGAGGUGUCGGAGGAAGGCUACUACAAGAAGCUGGCCGAAGCCUUCAACCGCGCCAUGGAGUUCGCCAAGCCCAACGGUGCCGUCACCGUCGACUGCGCUAACGGUGUCGGAGCACCGAAGUUGAAAGAGCUUAUCAAGCACCUCCCCAAAGACAAGCUUACCAUCAACAUCAUCAACGACCAAAUCGAGAACCCAGACAAACUCAACAACCGCGCCGGCGCCGACUGGGUGAAAACACAACAACGCGGCUUCGAAGGCUUCGACGGCAAACCCCUCGACCGCUACUGCGCCCUCGAUGGCGAUGCGGACCGCCUCGUCUACUUCUUCAACGAAGAAGGCAAGGUGUUCCGCCUGCUAGACGGCGACCGCAUCGCCACCCUCGCCGCCUCCUUCAUCGGCGACCUCGUACGCAAAGCCGGCCUCGACAACGACAUCACUCUCAAAGUCGUGCAAACCGCCUACGCCAAUGGCGCCGCCACAAAGUACGUCGAGCAGGUCCUCAAACUCAAAGUCGAAUGCACGCCCACGGGCGUCAAACACCUGCACCAUGUCGCCGCGCAAGCGGACAUCGGCGUCUACUUCGAAGCAAACGGGCACGGGACGGUGCUGUUCAGCGAGCGAGCUCUUAAGACGAUCCGCAAGCACGACCCGCAAUCCCCCGCCCAACUCACCGCGCUCGACACGCUCAAAGCGUUAUGCGACCUCAUCAACCAAACAGUAGGCGACGCCCUCUCCGACCUCCUCCUCGUCGAAGUCGUGCUCGCGCACAAAGAAUGGACCGUCGCGGAUUGGUUGGGGACGUACAAAGAGUUCCCCAACAAACUCGGCAAAGUCAACGUGCGGGAUAGGGGGAUGUACCAAACCGUCCCCGGCACAGCGGAAAGACGACUCCAAUCUCCGCCGCAGGUGCAGAUUGAGCUUGACAAUAUCGUGAAGAAAUACCGCGAUGGACGAUGUUUCGUUCGUGCGAGUGGGACGGAGGACGCGGUGCGGGUUUACGGCGAGGCGGCCGAGGCGUAUGAUGUUGAUGAUAUGGUCGGCAGUGUGAUGAGUGUGAUUAGUAAUUUGAGUGGGCAGAUGAUUGAGCCGGUAAGCGAGGGGGAGAAGAGUGCUGAUGUUCCUCCUGCUACCACCACCACCACUUCGGUUUGA